AUGCCUCGUGGUCAGAAAAGUAAACGCCGUGCCCGCGAAAAACGCCAACAGGCCCAAGAUGAGAGCCAGAGUCUUCAAGAUGCUGGAGCCACUGUAGCAGAGGAGACGGGGUCUCCAGCUCCAUCCUCUCCUGAUCCUGGCAGUACACCCCUGAGCUCCUCUGCUUCCAGCACUGACCAAGGGCUUCAAAAAUCUAUACCUACAACCAGUGGUGCUUCCAGUGUUUCACACGAAACAACCGACGUGGGUGCCAGUGGCCAAGAUGAGAUUCAACCAAGCACAUCCACAGCUGCAGCCUCUGAUGUGAAGGCCAAUCUUGAUCCUGUAAGUAGACGGGUAGGGUUGCUGGUGGAGCUGAUGCUGUACAAGUAUAAAAUGAGGGAGCCCGUCACCAAAGCUGAGAUGCUGAAGCUUGUCAAUAAAAGAUUUCGGGAUCAGUUUUCAGAGAUCUUCAAGAUGGCCACUGAUCGCCUGGAGCUUAUUUUUGGCAUUCAUUUGAAGAAAAUUAAGCCCAGUGGUCACUCCUAUACUUUUAUUCAUAAUGUCGGUGUUGCCAGUGAUGGAAAUCCUGAUGGUGACUUGGGAAGCCCUAAUAAAGGGCUUCUGAUGCCUCUCCUUGGUGUGAUCUACUUGAAUGGCAACCGCGCUUCUGAGGAGCAGAUAUGGAAGUUCCUGAGUAUUUUAGGAGUCUAUGAUGGUAAGAAGCACUUCAUCUUUGGGGAUCCCAGGAAAGUCAUUACCCAAGAUUUUGUGAAGGAGAAGUACCUGGUAUAUCGCCAAAUAGCCUACAGUGAUCCUCCUCGCUAUGAGUUCCUGUGGGGUCCUAGAUCCCAAUCUGAAACCAACAAGGCAAAGGUUCUAGAGUUUCUGGAUAAAAUCAAUGCUGUUGUGCCAACUGCUAAUACACGUAGUUAUGAAAAGACUGUGGGGUCUGAGGCUACAGGAUCUCCAGCCCGUGUUGAGUUCGAAGAUACUACUGCUGCCAAUACAAGUCCACAACCGAAGGACACAUCCAGCCAUGACUCUCAUCCCUAA